CUACACAUUUUUCACGUCGAAGCAUUACUGUAGCGGCGCUAUGUCACAAGACAAAUCAAACAAUUCAAAUAGUCUGUAUAAAGAGUCCUAACUGUGUAAUGUAGGAAAACUUAUUUUGACUUUGAAAUCCCCCCUCCGAACAAUUUUUACUUCCGCAUCGUAUUGCUACAUUAGAUCCUUUCAUUGAGCUCUAUGAUAGAGAUUCUCACAGUUCGCACUCCAGUUAAGCAGUUAGAAUAGAGCUCAAUGGAUCCUUUAAACAGAACCAUGGCAACUAGCAGUCGUCCACUUCCUUCUCGACACAGAUUAACAAUGGCUUCAUGUGAUUUUACCUUUUCACAGGGUGGUGUUUCAAGGAAUUCUGAAAAUUCUGAAAAUUCAGAAAAUCCUGAAGGCAACGAUGCAGAGUUAGAUCUUCUUUACAACGAAUAUUUACAACUAAUGAUGAUAGAAGUUAUCUUGAAAAAAAAAAUGGAGAAGAAGGAGAAACAAUUUUCAUCGCAAUUAGCAAAAAUUACUGAAGAAAUUGAUGGCAAUGAACAGAUAUUAUUUAAAUUGAAAACCCGAAAGAGAGAUAUCGAAUAUUUAACUAAGUUGCAAAAUGAUAUAGACUCACAAAUUAUAAAUGUAAAGAAGUAUAUUAAUAGUGAUGAUAUUACAAAAUUGCAAGAUACUUUAUCUCAGUUAUAUUCUCUACUACAACGUUUCGAUGUACUUCUCUGUGAAGAUAUAGUUCUUCCUGAAACACCCAAAGAACAGAUGGAAACAAUGCAAACCUUAAAAUCAUGUGUAAAAAUUUUACAAUCUAUCAUGGAUAUAAUUAAAUCACAGAAUGAUACGUAUCAAAGUGUUAAUAAUGGUCUUAAAGAUUUCUUACAUACUCAUGACACUAUCGAAGAUUAUCACAAUAGGUUGGGGAAAGUAAUUUGUAAGUUACAAACUCUUGUGCUAAAGACUGUAUCUAUGUCUUUAGUGCAAACUCAUAAGUAAGCAAGUAUCAAACAAUUUUUAAUACUGUGAUACUAAACUUCCCACUCUAUGUAUGCGUGUUAAAAUUUAAUCAAAAAUCUAAAUAAGGUUUAAAUAAAAGUUACAUUUUUAUAUUUAAUAUAUUUGUACCUUAAAAAUAAAGUUAACAUAUAAAUUUACA